GGGGAGGAAGGCUCCACCUCAAAUGGGUUGGUCUACAGCAGAUUGGCCGGGGGGGGGGGGGGGGGAGUUGAAAACAGGAAGAGAAAAAAUGUUGGCAAUGGUUCUUUAACAAGAGUCAUGGCGGCGUGCCGGUUUCGGAGAAGCAUAGCAGCUCAGCUUUCGCAUGUUCUGGAAGUGCCACCAGAAAACUUGAUAAAGUCAAUAUGCGCUGUUCCGGUGUCAAAAAAAGGGCAGGAAACUGAUUUCCAGCUCUUUGUGAGUUCUGUGCUAGAUGCCAACUCCAUUGAUAAUUCAAGGAGAGACAUUCAGCUUGAAGCCCAGAAUAUGGCAAAGAAGUUAAAAUGUGAUGGAGUAGUGAGCAGAAUUGGCACAGGAGAUGGAACAGUGAACUUUACAAUAAAUCGAGAGUUGUUGGCAAAGACAGUGUUGCAGCAAGUAUUUGACGAUGGCCCUCAGUAUGGACUAAAGAGUGAACUUUUCUCAGAUUUGCCCAAAAGAAAUAUUAUAAUUGAGUUUAGUUCGCCAAACAUUGCAAAGAAGUUUCAUGUAGGCCACUUGCGUUCUACAAUAAUAGGGAAUUUUGUUGCAAAUCUCAAAGAAGCCUGUGGACAUUAUGUUAAAAGAAUAAAUUACCUUGGAGACUGGGGCAUGCAGUUUGGCCUGUUGGGAGCUGGCUUCCAGCGUUUUGGCUCUGAAGAAAAAUUACGGUCUAAUCCUUUGCAGCAUCUUUUUGAGGUCUAUGUGCAGGUCAACAAGGCAUCAGAAGAGGAGGAAAAUACUAAAAAGCAAGCACAGGAUUUUUUUAGAAAACUAGAGAUGCGUGAAGAACAAGCAGUGUCAUUGUGGCAACAUUUUAGAAAUGUCAGCAUUGAAGAAUAUAUCCAGAUGUACAAGCGUCUUGGAGUAUGCUUUGAUGAAUAUUCGGGAGAAUCUGACUAUCAAGAGAAAAGCCAGAAAGUUCUGAAAAUGUUGGAUACCAAAGGACUUUUGAAGAAAACAAAGGAAGGAACAGGAGUAGUUCACCUUUCUGAAAAUGGAGACCAGUCUGUUGUUAUAAUGCGUAGUGAUGGAACCUCCCUCUACCUCACAAGAGAUCUUGCAGCUGCUAUAGACAGAAUGGAUAAAUAUAAUCCUGAUACCAUGAUAUAUGUGACAGAUAAAAACCAAGUUCCACAUUUUCAGCAAGUGUUCCAGAUACUGAGGUUAUUGGGUUACGAAUGGACAGAAAGGUGCCAGCAUUUGCCCUUUGGGAGAGUUCAGGGGAUGAAGACUCGAAAAGGAGAAGUGGUUUUCCUGGAAGAUGUUUUGGAUGAAGCUCGCUCCAUGGUGUUAGAAAGGAGUGCUUUAGCCAAAACAACCAAAGAACUCGACAAUCCUCUUGAGACGGCUGAAAACAUCGGGCUUGCAGCACUUAUCAUUCAGGACUUCAAAGGUCUCUUAUCGUCUGAUUACCAGUUUAGCUGGGAUCGUGUCCUCCAAAGCCGAGGCGACACUGGCGUCUUCCUACAAUACACACAUGCCAGGCUCUGGAGUUUAGAAGAUAUGUGUGGAACAGUUAAUCAAGUGUCUCAUAUUAACAUGGCAUGUUUACAAGAUCCACCAGCUGUUUCCUUAAUUCAGCAUCUUCUCAGAUAUGAUGAGAUUCUUUACCAGUCUUCAAAAGAUCUUCAGCCCAAGCAUAUCGUUAACUAUCUCCUUAAACUCAGCCAUUUAACAGCUGUUGCUCAUAAAAGGCUUCCUGUGAAAGGCAGUGUUCCUGAAUUAGCAGAGUCAAGGCUCUGUCUGUUUCAGGCUGUUCGCACAGUUUUGGGCAGUGGAAUGAAGCUUCUAGGAAUCACACCUGUAAAUAAAAUGUAAUGGCUACCCCAAAAUAUAUCUGCUCUGAAGACUA